UUUCCUGAAAAAUAUUUGCUUAACAGUUAUAUAAUUCAAAACAAAUGUAAUCUUUUAAUCGUACGAUUUUCAAAAAAUAAUUUUUUUAUUUAAAAAUCAUAAGUUGAGAAUUUUAAAUCUAUACUAUUAAAACUGAAAUUUUUAUGUAAGCAAUUAAAAUUCUUAUGAAAUUUUCAAAUAGUUUUUUCCUAUUCCAUCGUUAUUAUUGGUAUUCUUGCGAUGUGGACUGAUGCAUCAAACUUUUCUGCUAACAGCAUUUAUGCUUUGGGGUUUAUAUAUCUGUUACCAUGGGUACUAACAGGAUAUUGACAACCUCAUGGAAAGAUAUUCUCUGAUCUCACUCGGGCUUUCAUUAAUUUAAAUAUCUCUCUCACUUGAGGAAUGCAUGUUUUUAAGAUAUCGAUGAUAAACCAUAUCUUAGUUAAUGACUUAUUAGCUCUGUGCAUCUGCAGAUAUGAAACUAGUGGAACAACACGGUUAAAAGGGUGCUUUAGGUAAGGUGGUGGCAAGGGCUGGACAACUUGCUGGUACGAAAAUUGGAGAAAAUUUUUAUUUGCUAUGUCAAACUUGACAGUGAAGGUGCGUUCUGAUCUCUCACAACAUGAUCGUCUAGUCUGUAAUGUUUGAAUCUUUUAGUGGGCAUACACAUACACGGGUGAGGAAAAGCUAAAAAAUUCUUAACCUAUGUGGGUUCUGGUUAAUGCAGGGGAUUGUAUGCGAUUGAGAGAACCCGUCCAUCUAACAAACAGAUAGGACUGACUUGAUUGACCAAACACAAGAGGAAGAGAGAGAGAUGUCAACUUUUAUGACAAGUUCCAUAGUGCAGGACAACACCUCAAUGUUGUGGCGCACAUGGUCGCUUAUUAUAUUCCCCAUCUUCCUUGUUCUGCUAUUCAAAUGGUAUUCCAAAUCUACAACCAGCAAAACCUCACUCCCUUCCCCACCGAAAUUCCCAAUCAUAGGAAAUCUCCAUCAACUAGGUUUGUACCCUCAUCGUGCUCUCCAUUCUUUGGCUCAAAAGUAUGGUCCUUUGAUGCUUCUUCAUUUUGGGGAAAAGCCAGUACUUGUAGUCUCUUCUGCAGAUGCUGCUCGUGAUGUAAUGAAAACCCAUGAUCUUGUAUUUGCAAAUAGACCCCAGGGUAAAAUGAAUCACAUACUGUUAUAUGGCCGUAAGGACAUCGCAUCUUCUCCGUAUGGAGAAUACUGGAGGCAGAUGAGGAGCAUAAGUGUGCUGCAUCUUCUGAGCAACAAAAUGGUUCAAUCCGUUCGUGGUGUGAGAGAGGAAGAAAUUGCCAUAAUGAUGGAAAAGAUCAAGCACGAUUCUUCUACGAACAUGUAGGUGAAUUUGAGUGAGUUAUUUGCAUCAAUUACGAACGAUGUGACUUGCAGGGUGGCUUUGGGGAGGAAAUAUGGUGAGGAAAGUGGAAGAAACUUCAUGGAAAUUUUGAUGAAGUUUGGAGAGUUACUGGGUACAUUUGUGGUUGGGGACUAUAUACCCUGGCUUGACUGGCUUGGUAAUGUGAAUGGUUUAUAUGCUAAAGCACGUAAAGUGGCUAACCAAUUGGAUCAAUUUUUGGAGCAAGUAGUUGCAGAGCACAUGAUUCGUCCAAAAGAAGCUGGGGAAACUGAAGGCCAUGAAGAUUUUGUGGACGUCUUGCUUUCGAUUCAAAGAACAAACUCCACAGGAUUUCCCAUUGACAUGACUGCCAUAAAGGCCUUGAUCCUGGACAUGUUUGCUGCAGGGACUGACACGUCAUUUACAGCUUUAGAAUGGGCAAUGGCAGAAUUAUUAAGGCAUCCAGAUAUCAUGAAAAAAUUGCAGAAUGAGGUUAGAAAUGUGGGGAGAAAGAGAUCAGAUAUGGUAACAAAAGAGGACAUAGAUCACAUGCCUUACUUAAAGGCAGUUUUGAAAGAAACACUUCGCUUACAUCCCCCAAUUCCCUUACUAGUCCCUCGAGAAAGCAUGCAAGAUGUGAAAAUUCAAGGCCAUGACAUCAAAUCUAGGACACAAGUAAUUGUGAAUGGUUGGGCAAUAGCAAGAGAUCCUGUGUAUUGGGACAAUCCUCAAGAGUUCGAGCCAGAGAGGUUCUUAAAUAGUUCGAUAGAUUAUAAAGGACGUGACUUUCAGCUGAUCCCAUUUGGAGCAGGAAGAAGGGGGUGUCCUGGAAUAGAGUUUGCAAUGGCCAUUGUUGAGCUUGUGAUGGCAAACAUUGUCUUCCAAUUUGAUUGGGCUUUACCUAAUGGAGAAACUGCAGAGGCCUUAGAUAUGUCUGAAAUAGCCGGUCUUUCAGUGCAUAGAAAGUUGCCUCUUAUUGCAGAUCCAUCAUCUUAUAUCGAAAGUAGCAUAAUAUGAGCUAGUCAAGGCUCGAGACCUCACCCCCCUCCGUGUCUUCCUUUUUUUUUUCCCCCCCUUCUUAAUAUUUAGCACAUGCCUCCUUUAUAAAAGUAAAAUCUGUUUAUGGUAAUAAGGUAUGUUUUUGAACUUAUCAUUUUCAUUUACGUUGCUCUGUAUUUAGAAAUGCACUGAAGUUCAUCUUCACAAUUCAAAUGUA